AUGAGGAAAUUCUGGCCUGAAUUGAUUGCAGUGAACAAUAUAGUAAAUAAAGGAAAAUUUCAGAUUGCUCCUGCCUACAAGCAUCUGAGAGGUGAUGUCCCGAUUGUCGACUGGAAGCACCUCACUUGUCACAAUGUCGCCGAGCCUAAACGUGUAUUUAUUUUAUGGCUCACUUUGCUUGGAAGAUUGAGAACUAAGGAUCGGUUAAUUAAAUGGGGGCUGAGUGUGGAUGACCAAUGUGUAUUUUGCAAUUCUGCUAUUGAAACUGCAUUGCAUCUUUUUUUCAACUGCCCUUUCUCUCACACCAUCUGGUUGGGAAUUUUGCAGUGGCUACAAUGGCAAAGAAAUAUCUUGCCAUGGAAUGAAGAAUGGAAAUGGGUCAAUGAGCAGGCUAGAGGUAAGCAUGCUAGAGAGAGGAUAUUGAAAGCUAGCCUUGCAACUGUUGUCUACAACAUUUGGAUCGAAAGGAACACUAGAGUAUUUCAACACAAGAGCAGGAGCAUAGAUGACAUCCUUUUAGCCACAAAAACUGGCUUGUGUUAUCGUUUUAGCAGUAAUAGGAAAUAUUUUGAUUUUAUCUGA